AUGUACAGAUCAGCACAUGGCGAUUUUUUUGAUUAUCUGCUUAAAUCCCAUUUUAAGGAUCCAAAGUUGUAUUUCUUAAAUGAGGAACAGCGUGCUGAUGAUAAUCAGCAAGCGAAAUAUCCCUGUAGAGUAUCUGAAAAAACGCCCCCAAUAGAUUUUUCAAGCGAUUCUAGUAUGGAGUUUUGUGAAGAGCAAAUGGAUGAUGUGGUAAUUCAAGAUGACUUGGGUGAAAAGUCAAUAUUUAGCACAGAAAAGAAGAAUGAAAAAACAACAAGUGAAUUAUUAGAAGAGCUUGCGAAGACAGUUCGUGAAGGACAAUCUCUUCAAAAAGAUGUAGAAUUAUUGAAAAGGGUUGUUUUUGAUCAGCAUACAAGCAAGACUAAUGAGUUAUCUGUCGCACAGAAGUUAACUUCUCUAGAAAUAAUACAGAUGGAUGAGUCUUCUAAAUCCAGUUCACUAACCCACAACUUUUAUAAUCCUAACUCUAAGCAUAAUGGACGAAUAUCACCUAGUUGUGAUGACCAUAAUACUCAGAUAUGCAAUGCAGUACCUGAUUUAACUAAUCCUGAUUUAACUAAUAGCUACCCACUAUGUGCAGAAGUACCAAAAUCUGUACAUACGAUCAGCAAUAAUCAAAUUUCACAGCUACUGUCACUCCUAUUUUCUUUAAAUAAUAUUAAUUCAUUAUUUUUCUCUUCUAAUCAUAAAAUGAUUUUGGGUAAUAUAAGCAGAAAAGUGAAAAAAGUUACUACUAUUCAGAAUAGAUUAAGAGUAUCAUUACAGGAUGUAAAGUGCAUGAUAUUAGAGCUUUACAACUUUUUGAAUACAAGUAUUCUAACAAUAUCUUCAUAUAAUAAGCAGAUAUUGAGGAAACAAGAACAAAAAUUUGAGAUUGCAUUGUAUACUGAGAAACAGACAAUUUCUUCAUUGAGCAAGUCAUUAGAACUAAAGAGUCAAGAGCUGAACUCUUUAAUUCUAAAAUAUCAAGAGGAAUAUAGAUCUACUACUAUUCUUGAAGAUGAAAAAAAAAAAAUUCUAAGUGAUCAUGAGCAAGAAUUAGGUAACUUGAAUGGCAAGCUUGAGUGCCUGAAGAGUAACUUAUCCUAUUCUGAGAAGGAACUUGAGAGAAUACUCAAGAUAAAUGAAGAUCUGAAUAGUAAGAUUAACCAACUAGAGAAUGAAAAACUUCAAUAUAAGUCAACUAUUGCCAGUAUGAAGGAUAGUAAUUCUGAAAUUCGCAUACUUACCGAUGAAAUUACAUUUGUUCGUGAUAUAUUAAAAGAUAAAAGAGAUCAAGAGGCUCAAUACCACAAAGAAAUGUUAAUUUUAAAGGAAGAGAGAAACUGUCUUAACAAAAAAGUACAAGAGCUAGAUGAUGUACUAAAAAAGAGAGAAAAGGAAAAAAAUUUGCUAAAUUCCAUUAUAGAAAAUUAUAAGAUAAUGAUAUAUAAGCUAGAGGAACAAAAUAGCGCAUUGGAAGGUGACAAAGUAGCAUAUGAAGGAACAAAUAAUGUCAGAGUUAAGGCAAUUAAUGAAGCAAAUCUCACGAUUGAGCAACUAAAAUUAGAAAUAGAUAUUUAUCGAAAUGAAGCAGAAAUAAAAUCUUCAGAACUUAACAAGGCAUUAAAUCGCCUUGGUCAAGCAUAUGUUGAGAUUAACAAUAUUAAACAGUCUAUGAAGGAAGUUGAAGAAAAUAGUGGGAAGUUGUCAUGUAAACUGAGUUCUUUAAGCAGGGAGAACCAAGAAUUAAGUGAAGCACUUUCAAAACAGUUGCAAUAUUGUAGAAAAAAGGAAGAUGAAGUGGAGACUAUUUUAAUAGACAAAGACCUCUCUUUUAAAGAAAUGGAGAAUCUAAAAAAAUCCUUAAGUGAUUAUAAUGAGAAAGUAGAUAUACUAGAAAAUAAAUUAGGUAUUUUAGAAAAUCAAAAGCUCGAGCUGCAUAAGGAAAUUAACCAAAAAAAUAAAAGAGAACUUGAAAUAAAUGAAGUGUGUAAAAGACAACUUGAGGAAAAUGUGGCAUUAAAGUGCAAGUUUGAGAAACUAAACAGUGAAAAUGAAGCUCUUAAAAAAGAAUUAGAAUUAACUAAAUCCCGAAGCUCUGCAGAUUACCAUGCUUUGCAUGAAAUUGCAAGAGGAGAAAUUGCAAAAAAUUAUGAAGAUAAGUUCAUAUCUCUACAAAAUUCUCAGCAGUGUUUAGUAAAUGAAAAUAAAUCUCUUUUAGAAGAAAUUUCAAGCCAAAAAGUGCUAAUUCAGGAUAUGAUAUGUGAUAAGAUCAAACUUCAAAAUGAAAUAAUUGCUCUAAAGGAUGUUAAUCAAAAAGAAAAAAUCGAGUUCAAUUGUACAUUAAAACUUUUGCAGCAGGAGAUUGACAUGAUACAGAAGAUUGGUGUUAAUACACCAAUUUUUACUCUUUUUCAUGAAGGAACUGGUGACCAAAUUACCAAAUUAAAUUCUGAAGGUAAUGUCAAUAUAAACAGUGAUAUAAAGGAACAGGAUAUCCCUCAUCUGAAACUUCAACAUUUGAUUACAAGUACUACUACUGCCACCACUCUCUCUAGCAAUAACAUAUAUUUGGAUGAAAAAAAAGAUUUAUCGGAAUUCUUUACAGAUAAAAGUGAGCUACUGCAUAGUAGUAAUUACUUUGAAGUUGAGGCAUCACUAUCAGCACAAUGUGAAAUGGCUUAUAUAGAUAUUUUGGCACAAACUCAAAGAUUCAAAAUCUUGAAAUCUAAAUUAGGACAGCUUGAGGAGUCAAUUAAGGCUAUUGAUAAGGAUCCUAUUCAAUCAUUGGAGGAUUUUCAAAAUGGGCUUGAAAAGCUAGGAAUUUCCGCUGAAAUUCCAGAUAUUACUCAGAGUAAUUUCACUAGUAGUGAUAAAUUUGUAUUAGAAUUAGAAAAAAUCAGCAAAGACUGGGCAUAUGAAGCUGAAGCAGCUAGGUGGAUUUUAGAAAACGCUCAUCAAAGUCGCGAUGCUGCAGCUAGAAGACGUAUUAAUUGGAUUGAGAACAGGGAUUCAAUUACCGCUAUAUAA